UGUAUUUAUAUAUAUGGUCAAGAACAACUGAUAUAUUCCUGACACACAAAAAAAAAAAACAACUCCCACCUUAAAUCUCGUUAGUUUCCACAAAAGUUAGUUUUUGGGUUUCAUCUGUCAAAAAGCAAACUUCUGGUCACAUAACUUUUCUGAUUUAAGGUAAUUAUGGCUAGAGAUUCAGAAAUAGUCAAAGUCAAAGAGGGUGGUGGUACAAUUAGGGUAGGGGCAACUGGGAAAGUAAGUGAUUUGAUGAUGCAAGAACUUGAGUCAAAUGUCAAAGGUUUAUCAAAGAAACCUGUGAUCAAGUCGCAACGAAUCCAGACAGCACCAGUUUCGAUCGAUUGUGGGGGGUCUACGAAAAGGCUGCAGAGGAUGAUGACAAUGAAUGGUCAUGAAAUUGCUCCAAGAAAGAAGGAUGUGAAACAUGUGUCUCAACAGAUUCCUAUGUUGGAUUCCGAGGAUUUGUGGAUUGAUAAAACACCGGUUCGAGGGGAACAAGGUAAGAAAGUGACGCGACGGAUUGUUGAAACGGUGGACUUGAAGUGUGGGAAGUAUGAUGGAGAUUGGUCGAUUACGCCCAUUGGCAAUCAACUUAGAAGGCUUAGUUUUUCCAAGAUUUCGAGUUGAGUUUGAAAUUGUUUGAUGUUUUUUAUCAUCUAACACUUGAAUUAAUUCAUACACCAUUAAAGAUGCAUUUGAUGAAAGUGUGACUUUUGGUGUAGAUAUCAAUUCUGGUGAUGUACAAAUCAAAUUGAAAAUUGAAGGUUUGGAUUGGAUUGUUUUUUGAGCAAACUUGUGGGUGCAUGUACAUAGAAAGAGUUUGAUUGAUGAAUAUAAGCUGUUUUACUUUUAAAAA